AUGUCUGGGGUCAAGUCUCGCCUGUCGGGCUUACUCGGCCACUUCUCUUCUUCCCCGGCCCCGUUCGAGCAUCGCUUCAACAACCAUGAACUGUCUCCGACGUUCUUUCUUCCUCGUGCCGCUGCCAUUGAGCCUGAUGCCGAAGCCAUAUACCAUGUCACCGCCAACAACAAGGUCCUGCGCAGAACCUACAGCGAAACAGCAGAUCGCGCCCGCGGCCUGGCAUACUACCUGAAGAAGCAUGGGUUCCAGCGAGUAGGGAUUCUGUGCCCGAAUACCCCGGCAUUCCUGGAAUCGAUUUUUGGGAUUGCUGCAGCUGGAGCACUCAACGUUGCGGUCAAUUACCGACUCAAGCCAGAAGAUAUCGCAUAUAUCUUCGAGCACGGCGACGCAGAUGUAAUCAUCGCAGACCAGGAGUUCGUCUCGCUCCUCGAUACAUAUCGCUCGCAACAUCCCCAUACCCCCAUUAUUGUAGAUACCGACACCGACGCCACCGAGGGCCAAUUGACUGGCCCCUUUGAUGAUGCUGUUCUGGAAGGCUUGACGCAUGAUCGCGAUACUGGUGCGCAGGGCUGGGAUGGUCUGGAAAGUCAGACUGCUAAUGAAAACUCGACAAUUGCCUUGGCAUACACUAGUGGCACGACUGCUCGGCCUAAGGGUGUGGAGUUUACUCACCGUGGUUGUUAUCUGGCUGCGCUGGGGAAUGUUGUUGAAUCGGGACUGAAUUUCCAUCGUGGACGGGCGCGUUAUUUGUGGACGUUGCCUAUGUUUCAUGCCAUGGGAUGGACCUUCCCAUGGGCCGUAACGGCAGUACGCGGUACCCAUUACUGUCUCCGGAAAAUCGACUACCCAGAGAUUUGGCGGUUGCUGAAAGACGAACAUAUCACGCAUUUCAAUGCCGCGCCGACGGUUAACACGUUGCUUUGCAAUGCCCAAGAAGCCGAGAAGCUCCCUGAGCCCGUGCAAGUUACCGUGGCAGCAAGCCCGCCCACGGCGCAUCUGUUUGAACAGAUGACCAAGCUGAACCUGCACCCCGUCCAUGUGUAUGGCAUGACUGAGACAUACGGCCCCAUCACCAAGGGCUACUACCUGCCAGAAUGGGAUCGGAUCCCGCUCAAGGACAAAUACCAGAAGAUGGCCCGGCAAGGCCACGGGUUCAUCACCAGUCUUCCUGCGCGGGUGAUCAAGACCGAGGUCCCCGAGGGAAGUAUUGUCGAUGUGGACCGAAACGGCAAGGAGAUUGGCGAGAUCGUGUUCGUGGGCAAUAUUUGUGCCCGCGGUUAUUACAAGGACCCCGAGGCUACCCGGAAGCUUUUUGCUGGAGGUGUCUUGCACUCUGGGGACCUGGCUGUAUGGCACUCUGAUGGCGCGAUUCAGAUUCUCGAUCGCGCCAAGGAUAUCAUUAUUAGUGGUAUGUGCCUCUUGCAUGCCUAUGGAGUAGACUUGCUAAUAGAUGCAGGUGGUGAAAACAUCUCCUCUGUCGCACUCGAGUCCAUGCUAGUCACACACCCGGACGUCCUUGAGGCUGGAGUUGUCUCCGUGCCAGACUCCCACUGGGGAGAGCGACCCAAGGCCUUUGUCACGGUGAAACCGGGCAAACAGUUAGUCGGCGAGGACGUGAUCAAAUGGGCGAGGAAUGUCUCUGACAUCAGUAAAUUUAUGAUUCCUCGAGAGGUAGAUGUUGUUACCGAACUACCCAAGACUUCGACUGGGAAAAUCCGCAAGAAUGUCUUGCGUGAGUGGGUAAAGAAAUAG